AUGAAGCUGCUGCCAGUGGACCCGUGGCAGGAUGUGCCAUGGUGCAUCUGGAUCUCAUCCCGAAACUGUGACAUCUCUCUGGUCUUCUCAAACUUUGAGCUCUACAACAUGAUUCGCCUUGGUGUUCACCUCAGUCCCAGCUCCACUGUGUGGCUCAAACCAUGCAACCGCACAGUCUGGACUCAGGAGGUUGUGUCAUAUGUGGAGUUCUCCGGUUUGCCUCUGGGUCAGAAAUAUUGCGCUGAGGCCAACUUCUCCUUCCCAACCUUUGCCAUGGCGGCUUCACCGAAAUCAGCCCCUCAGUGCGUUGAAACAGUCGCCAGUUCAGGGCUGCUGCCGGCGCUGUGUAUGGGAAUUGGCCUGACUUCCCUCCUUCUUUUCCCAAUUCUCAUCAUGUAUCUACGAAAAUCAAGACAAGCUACACCAGCCACUGAGAAUCAGCCCAAGGCUCCGUCGUCUGUUCAAGAUCCGAUCCCUUUGGUUCCUCUGUCCCCGGGUACAGUCGACCCUUGUGAGAUCCACUUGGAGUUUAUUCCUGACCAUGUUUCCACCGAGCCCUUCUCUGGUAUUGUGUCCAAUCAGAAUCUAAAUCACAAACAGGGAAGCAUGCACUCCAGCAAUCGUCUCAAUUAUGACACCAAAUUGGAUGAAGUGUACUGGGACAGCGGAGGGAUGGAGCUAGAUCGCGGCCUGGACUCUGGCAUCAGCAUCCCACCUGUUUCUCGCUCUUCUGAAGAGACAUGUGGGCCCCAUGGAGACUGAUACUGAAAAGUUUAGAGCUUUCUCUUCGUGAAUGUUGCUCUGCAAGGCUGGAGUUUGCCUCUUUCUCCCUCAGGGAUGAAAUAGGAGACUAAACUGCUCGAAGUAUGGA